AUAAAUAAUAAUCGAAUGUUUUAUUGUUCUAAUUUGAUUUCUAGUUUAAAAUUAAAUUAUUGCAAUAUAAUUUCACUAUAUAUAGACAAAGUAUUGUUCUGUGACAGUGAACCUUAUAAUAUUAUGUAUGACAAUUCAUAUUAUCUACUUGCCUAGUGCAGCAAUGCAAACGGGCAAAUGUAUAUCAUGAUUAUUCUUGAAUAAUCAUCUCUUAUGAAUUUACGAUCGCGUAUUCGUGUUGGACAUGUUGAUAGUUUUUUUUAUCUAUGCAUUAAAUUUAAUUCAAAUAAAUCAAAUUUACUCACGUAGUCAAAUUUAUUGAUGUGUAUUUAGAUUUUAAAAUUAGUUAUUCUUGUAUUUUUUUGAGUGCUGUACUGUUAAAUUGAUAUUUAAAGUUUAAACACAAAUGUUCAUUUGUUCGCAUAGGUAGAGUAAUUUUAUAUAUUAUUAACAAUGUAUGAUUCUGUAAAAAAAUUUGUUUCACGACACAAACGUAAAUUAAUAAUCAGUGGUGCGUUAUUUUGUAGUACUGCGUAUGUAGUUUACACUAUAAAAAAGAAAUUAGCUGAAAAAAAAGAUAAAGAAAGUCGAGAAUAUCUGGAACGAAGUAGACGUCAACAGCACUAUGAAGCCACAGAAAACACUUCAAAUCGUAUGAUAACUGAAUUUGUCAAACAACUUCAUGUUAAAUAUUUUUCUAAAAAUUUACGCAUUGAAAAUAUUAUUGAUAAGUUGAAGAAACAAAAUGAUUUGGCACUUUGGGAAGAAAUGAGAAUAUGCGUUUUUACUAGAGCAUGCUUACUUGUUUAUGCUGAAACUAUGUUGGUAAUAACAUUAAAAAUUCAACUCAAUUUGCUUGGAGGUCUUGUAUACAAAAGUCUAUCUCAAGAUUCACCUCCAAUUUGUUCAAAAACUCAAGAAGAAUAUUUGUUACAUUUUAGUUAUUUCAUCGAGGACGGUAUUCAACGUUUAGAAAAAUACUUACACAACAAAGUUAUUAAGUAUGUACAGCAAGUUCCUAUCCAAGAACAAUACAAUCUACAGGAAUUGGAAAAACUAUUUUUUCUCAUUCAAACUGAAAUUGCAAGUGAUACAGAAAGUCCUUUUCGGUGUAUAGAUACAUACAUGUUACAUCAAAUGCCACAAGUUCGAGAAGCACUUUUACAAGACAUGGUAAAUGAAACACGAGAACUAUUAAAAAAUGAAGAAAUAAUAUCAGUAGCUCGUUAUUGUUCAAGCCAUAGUUUUAAUAAAUUAAUGGAUGCUAUUACUAUUAAUACACCUAAUCGGUCAGCAAAUCUACCUACUACAGUCAAAAUGCCAUUUGCCAAGUGGUUACCAAUUGUUGAUAGAUCGACUAAAGUGACAGAAAAUGGAGACUGCAGUUUAAAACAAAAUGUCCACUUAGAUGGAAAAGUCAAAGUGCUCAGUGCAAAUGUGUAUGAGGCAUUCUGUUCUGCAUAAUUUUAUUUAAAGGUUUUUGUUUUUUUUAUUAAUAUUAUUUUAUGAACUUGUUUUGUAACUCAUAAACUUAUAUAUGUACGGGUACUCAAUUUGUGUUUAAACUUAGAAAUGUUAAAUUCAUUCAACCAUAAGUAUUUAUUUUUGGGAAAUUUGGGAAUUAUUAUUAUCUAAUAACUUUUAUUUAAAAAGAUAAAAAAUAUAUUUUGAAAUAUUGCCAUGUUUUAUAAAAUUGAACU